AUAUUCCUCUCCUGUCGUCCAUAGCUUCCAUUCACAGUCUCCUAUGGGCUGCCGACAAUAUCAGUGCGAGAGGUUUUCGCCAUCGAUUUAACAUGAUUGUCUAAACAAAUAAAACAGCUCUAAUUUUAGUUGUAACUGUUUCUUAAAAAAUCUAAGCACAAUCAACGAAAGAAAGAUGAAGGUUGUAGCAAUGAUCAGUGGUGGCAAAGAUUCUUGCUUUAAUAUGAUGCAAUGUGUAGCAGCUGGUCACGAGAUCGUAGCUCUAGCUAAUUUGUAUCCUGUUGAAAAAGAUGAUCUGGAUUCAUUUAUGUUUCAAACGGUAGGACAUCAAGGUGUUAAGUAUAUUGCUCAAGCUAUAGGCUUGCCUAUAUAUCGUUAUCCAACGUUUGGCAAAGCAAACGUGCAAGAGAAAUAUUAUUAUCCUACAGAAAGUGAUGAAGUUGAAGAUCUUUUUAAGCUUUUAAGUACAGUAAAGGAACGUGAAAAUAUAGAGGCUGUGUCAAGCGGUGCUAUUCUUAGUGAUUAUCAACGAAUUCGUGUGGAAAAUGUAUGCAAUCGUUUAGGUCUUAUUUCUUUAUCGUAUUUAUGGAGACGGGACCAGGAUGAGCUGUUAAAUGAAAUGAUACAGAGUUCUGUUAACGCAAUAUUGAUUAAAGUUGCGGCUUUAGGCCUUGAAAUCAAACAUUUGGGCAAAUCUAUAUGUGAAAUGCAACCUCAUCUCAUUAAAAUAAAAGAAAAAUAUGGAGUAAACAUAUGUGGAGAGGGAGGAGAAUAUGAAACUUUUACCUUAGAUUGCCCCUUGUUUGCUAAAAGUAUUGUAAUUGAUGAGUAUGAGAGUAUUGUAAAUUCGAGGGAUGACGUAGCGCCUGUAGGAUACCUCGGAUUUACAAAGAUCCAUUUAGAAGAUAAGGACAAUGGAGAAUUGGAGAAGUUAAGUCUAUCUGAGAGACUAAAAAAUGUUUUGAUAAAGUCCCCACAGGAUUAUAUUGCUGAAAUCAUUGGUCCUGAGCUACAUGAUGGUUGUAAUUUAUCAGAAGAUGAAAAUGAUGAGCAUGCAUGUGAAAGUAAUAGUUUGAAGGCAUCGAACUCAGGUCAGUUUCAUCCUCCGAGCCCAAUGGAGAUUUUGUACGAAGAUGAAGAUUGCCCAGAUGCUCCGGUUGUUAACAGAAAUCAAACAGGAUGGUUCUGGUUUGGAGGUAUUGUAGGAAAACAUCCGGAUAUAACACCUGCUACAGAAGAGGCACUGGAAAAACUAAGCACUCUGAUACAAAAUGAAAAUUUAUGCCCAUCUGACAUAGUCGCGAUAACAUUGUACAUAAAAGAUAUGUCGAAUUACAAGGCUAUAAACGAAGUAUACGUUUCCUGGUUGGGUAAGAGAAAUCCGCCAGUUCGUGUAUGUGUAGAAUGUCCUUUGAACGUACAUGUCGCACUUGAUGCGACAGCAUAUAAGGAGAGCCAAGAAAGCGGCGAUAAAUGGGCCUGUAAGCGACACACGAUGCAGGUUCAAAGUAUAAGCCAUUGGGCACCUGCCAAUAUUGGUCCUUACUCUCAGGCUGUUCGUGUAGGUGAUGUUAUUUUAGUUGCUGGGCAAAUACCUUUGGUGCCUGGCAAUAUGAAUCUUCUAGACAUGAAUAUUAAACGGCAGUGUCGUUUAACGUUGAGGCACAUAGACCGUAUUGUUAAGGCUAUGGAUGCGAAACUUCGAGAUAUAGUACAAGGUAUCUGUUUCCUGACUCAUUCUAAUUACAUAGCAGAUGCGAGAAAAGAGUGGGAAAGGAGGACUAGAAAUGCUAUUAUAGAUUACGUUGUUGUACCAAAUUUACCACGUGGUGCUCAAGUUGAGUGGUGUGUUUGGGCUCAUAGGGAUAAUAACCGAUUCGAGUACGAGGAAACAGGAAAAUGUGUGGCUAAUUUUAGGAUAGCCAUCAGGCGUAGAUGGAAUUAUGAAAAUAAUGUUUCGGCGAUUGUAUGUUACAUGUCUACCGGUUCAUCCAAUUCCACUGGUAAUUUGACAACGGAGGCGAGUUUGCCAUCCAUGGAGCUGAAUGCAAAUGAAUUGUCGGAGGCUUUCGAUUAUCUAUUAUGUAAACUUAGGAAAGGCUCGCAAAGCACAAAUCCAACAUGUAUUUUGCGAAUAUUUUACAAAGUCGGCAGCUUUCUGGCCCCAAAUUUUCUUCACAACGUCCUAUCGAAGUUUUCUACACAGAAUUUAGUGAUUACUAUUAUACCGGCUAUUCAAUUACACAAUUUCAGUACUUUAUUAUCUAUAUAUGGUAUUAGGCACGAGUAAAUACUCAAAAUGAUUUUUUACACUGUCAAUUAUUCAUCGGAAUUGGAGCGCACAUUAGGAUAAAAAAAAUUGAUGCUUGAAAAACAGCACGCAGGUAAGACAGCUGUUUUGACACGAGAAAAA